GGCGGAGCGGCCGGCACGGGCAGGAUGUCGGAGCUGCCCGCUGGUCCCGAGCAGAGCGCGCCGGCCGCGAGCCGUGCGGGCUUCGUGCUGGGGCUGGACGUGGGCAGCUCGGUCAUCCGCUGCCACGUCUACGACCGUGCGGCGCGGAUCCGCGGCUCGAGCGCGCAGAAGGUAGAAAGUCUUUACCCUCAAAUUGGCUGGGUUGAAAUCGAUCCUGACGUGCUCUGGGCCCAAUUUAUUGCUGUAAUAAAAGAUUCAGUCAAAGCUGCAGGAAUACAGAUGAAUCAAAUUGUUGGUCUUGGCAUAUCAACACAGAGAGCAACUUUCAUUACGUGGAACAAGAAAACAGGACAUCAUUUUCACAACUUCAUUAGUUGGCAAGACCUAAGAGCUAUUGAACUGGUAAAAUCUUGGAAUAGUUCUCUUCUAAUGAAGCUGAUACACAGUUCUUGCCGAGUGCUUCAUUUUUUCACUAGAAGUAAACGACUUCUAGGAGCCAAUCUGUUCACAUUCACCACGCAGCAUGCUUCUCUGCGACUGGCCUGGGUUUUACAGAAUAUAAAAGAGGUGCAAAAGGCAGCUGAAGAAGGCAAUUGUUGCUUCGGAACUAUCGACACCUGGUUGUUACAUAAGCUCACCAAAGGUUCUGAGUACGCCACAGAUUUUUCAAAUGCCAGCACCACUGGACUUUUUGAUCCUUAUAAGAUGUGUUGGAGCAGUCUCAUUACCUCCUUGGUUUCUAUACCACUCUCCCUCCUGCCUCCCGUGAAGGACACAAGCCACCAUUUUGGAUCCGUGGAUAAAGAGAUAUUCGGUGUGCCUAUACCAAUAGUUGCCUUGGUUGGUGACCAGCAGUCAGCCAUGUUUGGAGAGUGCUGCUUCCAGACAGGAGAUGUGAAAUUAACCAUGGGAACUGGAACUUUUUUGGAUAUUAAUACUGGAAAUAACCUUCAACACACUAUGGGAGGAUUUUAUCCAUUAAUCGGGUGGAAGAUUGGGAAAGAAGUUGUAUGCCUGGCUGAGAGCAAUGCAGGAGACACUGGUACUGCCAUAAAAUGGGCUCAGCAGUUGAAUCUUUUCACAGAUGCUGCUGAAACUGAAAAAAUGGCCAAAAGUUUGAAAGAUUCUGAAGGAGUGUAUUUUGUUCCAUCUUUUAACGGAUUGCAGGCUCCGUUAAAUGAUCCCUGUGCAUGUGCCUCUUUCAUGGGUUUGAAGCCCUCUACUAAUAAAUAUCACCUUGUCCGAGCCAUAUUGGAGUCUAUCGCUUUCAGAAACAAACAAUUGUAUGAGACAAUGCAGAAGGAAAUUCAUAUUCCUGUAACAAAAAUCCGGGCAGAUGGUGGAGUCUGUAAGAACAACUUUGUCAUGCAGAUGACUUCAGACUUGAUUAAUGAGAACAUAGAGAGACCAGAUCACUCUGACAUGUCCUGCCUAGGUGCUGCUUCUCUUGCAGGCCUUGCUGUCGGUUUUUGGACUGACAAGGAAGAACUAGAGAAACUGAGGCAAAGUGAAAUGGUUUUUAAGCCCCAGAAGAAAUGGCAAGAAUAUGAAAUGAAUAUGGAAAACUGGCUCAAAGCAGUGCGGCGCUCCAUGAAUUGGUACAAUAGCACGUGAUCAAAUGUGAUGGUGGAAUUGUAGCUGGUUGACAAAGCAAAGCCCAGGGAUAACCUGUGGUAGCAGUGACUGGGAGAAGGUAUAGAGAAAGCUCACAACUUGAGUGGAAAAAUAAUUGCUUAUUCACAAAAAAAAAAAAAAAAUACAACUUCUUAUUUUUUAUCCAAACCUUGGAAAAAUUAUAAGGCAACAAUACCUCAAAACUUAUUUUCGGCAGGUUCCAAAGGACAUUAGCCAUUUGUUUCUGACCAUAUUUUACACUUAUGGGUACUCUUUUUUUAUAUUGGGCCAGUGGUACAGUAGCCCAGCUUUGCACAUAAGAGAUUUGUUCCAAGACCCCAGGGGAGGCUGAAACCACAGAUACUAGCAGAACUUGUUUUUGCUGUUUUUUUUUUUUUUAAAUUUUCUACACAUGGAUGAUAAAGUUUAAUGAAUUAGGCAUGGUAAGAGAGAAAAACUAAUUUUAAAUAGAGUAGCUGUAGAGAAUUACGUAAAUGAGAUCUAUCUUAAAAUAUCUCACUGUCCUUUACUGACCCCCUGUUUUGGCAUUGAUGUGAGAUGACACAGUGUGUGCAUGGUAAGGUGAAGUGAGACAAAUAAAACAACACUUACGCUUCAUGGCCAUAACCUCUGUGCUCGCAGGACAGUAGGAAAGCAGUGCAGAUGUUCUUCCUCAUGGUCUGACAGAGGUCGUCUCUCCCCACGGAGCUCAGCAGUCUCAGCAUGGGUGCUCUUUCUUUGCCUUAUUUUGUUUGUUUUCUUUAAAUCAAGCACUUUCUUUUUUUUUUUUUUUAACUUAAAAAGGAGCAUUCUGCAGCUUUCCUUUGGAAUGACUGAAUUGUGCAUUGGGUCUGAGAUUGAGUAAAACACUUGCACACAGAACUGCAAUAAAGUGCAUAGUGGAUCUGAUAACCAAGACAGUUAGGAAGUGACCGACAAGCAGGUAGCAAAUACAAUGUGAAUACACCAGACAACAGAUGGCUGGCAGGAUGGUGUGAGAUAUGCCACUUCACCUGGCAUGCAGUUGAAAACUUAAGAACUAUUUAUUUCUGGAAUUUUCCAUUUUAUAUUAUUGGACUAUUUUUGACUACACAUAAGGAACUAUGGAAAAGAAAACCUUGGAAAAGGGGGCCACUGUUCAUAAGAACAGAGAACACUGAACUGUUGGUUUCAGGUCAAGCAGUAUUUACAUUUUAUUCCAAAAUUAUGUGAAAAGUAUGCCUUCAAGUUUUUAACAUAAAAUGGGCUAUUUGAAGUCCAUAUAACUAAAAAGAAUUAAGAAAAUGUAGAAUAUUAAAAUAUUAGUGCUGUCUUAAGCCAUAAUUUUUCAAUGUCAUAUCCAAAUAUGAGCUCAGUAUAUCCCUGUGAGAUAAAUGUGUUAGUCAAUGAUUUCCUUUACUGGGCUUCAAGUCACUGCCUUAAUUUUUGCUUGUUCAAACACCAAAGUAUUGACAUUCUUUCUUUAUAUGUUGAAAAAUUAAUUUUAGUUAUUGAUUCUUCAGGAAUAAAAAAAUACUGUUUAUUUUCCUUCUGAAAUUUCUUUCAAAAAAACUUCUGUGUAAGUAUAGGAUUCUGUUGUUUACAAAAUGUGCAGGUAGUUAAUGCAACUUUAGUCUUCUGUCCUUUCUCUUAGCUGUUAAGAUGCUGGAGUAAAUGUCUUUUUUCUUAAGUGCCUAAUUCACAGAGUUUGAUUUGAAGAAAGUGCCCCGAUCUGUUGGUGACUAAGAAUUCCCUUCAUGGGGAUAUUUUACUCAUCUGAGUAUCUUCUGCUUGGUUAGUCUUCCCAGCUCUCCAAGGUGUGUGCAGGGGACAGCAGAUGAGACGUGAUGUGGCUGUGUACAUGGCAAUGACUGCCCUGUCGCCCCUGAGUCGGAGAGUCACAGCAGGAACAGGGGCAGUGUACUCUUCUCAGACUUUCCUGCUCGAAGCAGUGUAGGGAAGUGAGAGCCAUGAGCAGCCUCAGGCUGGGUGCGAAUGUAGGGAUGGAGAGCUGUCAGCUGCCCCAGGCUGGGUGUGAAAUUAGCACCAGGCAGUUGGCUGGCUUCCACUGUGUUUUAAUACCCUUUAUCUCCUAGCUACCUUUGGUGUAGGUUCUGUUUUGGAUGUGCAGUGGUAAUCAAUUUAUUUCCCUCUUCAUCAAUAUUUAUCAGAACUUUAGAAUUAACUGUUACAUAAUAGUGUGCUCAAGAGAGGGGCUGUUAUAGAGAAUUUGGCGGUUGUGGUCAUUUGCAUGUCAGAGAUAGGUAUGAUAGAACCAAUGAUAUAAUUGAGUUUGCAAAUUCCAUUUCAGGGAACUUCAGCUUGUUUUUAUUUUACAUUGUAGAAAAGUAUAGGAUCAUUAAUUCCAAUUAUUUAAGAUUUGGAAACUAUAAAUCAGAAUAUUAUUUAGUAAAUCAGAUAAUACAUUCUUUCCAUUCAUUUUUACAUCUUUGCAAAGACUAGUUAGUGAUUAAUUAAAGGCUUUCUUUCCAAAAUUAUAUGAAAGUUUCUCUUUGUUUUGCUCUUAUACUGUCUGCUUCACAGUGGUUGUGAGUGCUUAGAAAAUAAUUCUUUUGUAUUAGAAUAUACCUAGUUGCAACAUUAAUAGUACCUAAAUAUUUGUUGUUUAUUUCUUUUCCAUAUUCUCUUUUCUCAACAUAUAGCCACAACGUAAAGGAUAAAUAGUUUUGAGAGUGUGAGAAAAUAAAUUUGAGUAUUUCUCAUUGGAUUUGAGCAGUCCCUCAAAAAUCAGUGGCCAAAUUUUUUGUCUUCUGUGAACCUAGAAACUAAUGUUAUCUUUAAUAUGUUUACCGAUAUUAGUGAGAAUAGUAAAUCUUUUUUUUUUUUUUGAUCUAGCCCACAAUCAGAAACAUGAUCACAUUUGUUUUUGUGGUUACAGAAACCAUCGAUAAUCAAAAUCAGCUAAGGAGAAAAAUUGUCCUUACCAUGUUUAAGUUUAUUUUUCAUUUAUGUAGCUCUGUGUGAAGUUUCUAACAAUGUAUUCUAAUAUUCCUCAGUAUGUUUUGUUUUCCCUUUGUGAGUACAUCAGGUAUUCGUAGGUGAACUCCAGUUUCUUACCAUAGAGGAGAAUGAUCUUACUUAAUCCAUCUUCAACCAGUUUUAUGUUUAUACUAUAGAUUUAACUGAUUUUGAAACCUUUUCUCUCUGACCAACGUAUCGUUUUCCUGUCUCAGUACUGACAUUCUGGGCUGAAUAAUUCUUUGUUCUGGGGUACACUGUAGGGUGUCUCUGAUCUCUGCCUUCCAGCUCCCACUGGCAUGCCUCCUACUUAUGAUGAAAAUGAUCUUUAAUUAUUGCCAUUCAGGGAUGCAAUAUCAUUCUCAGUCAAGAGCCAUUAAUAGACGCAGACGGAGGACUCUGAAUAUAGUGUCACUCGCCUUUCCACUCUGUUUUACUUUACGUUAGGAAAUAGUUUAAUAGCAAAGAAGCCAUAGUAUAUAUUUUUAAAAAUAGAAUUUCUGUUUGGCUAAUAAGGAAAAGAAAUCUCUUACUUUCAUAGCGUCUUCUGAUGUUUUAUCUACUGUUGCCCAGGCCUACCUUUGUAAACUCUGAUCUGUGACUAAUGUAUUUUGCAAAUUAUCUUUGAUUUGAUCUGCUUUUUAGCUUUGUUUUCAACUAGGAAUAAAGGUGAUGACUUUCUUCCACCUGCCUUCUGAACAAACCUGCACCUAACCAGAAGCAAACACUGUAUCCCCAGAACCGAGCAUUGCUCUUCACGUUUAUGGGAUCUAUUUGGACUUUUUCAAUGCUUUGCUCAUUUGCACAUUUUAUCCCUUAUGUUCUGGUCACUUGUUGCAUGUAGGAUAGGUUUAUGUCUGAGAAGAAUUGCUUUGCUAAAAGAGCUGGAAUCCUCAUACUGUAUAUUUAAACUUUUCCCCAUGUUUAUACAUCUGCAAAUGUGUUUUUACAGAAAUACUAUCCACAAAUCACUUAGUCACAGGUUAUACCUGUUGCGGAUGACUGAAUGAGAUGGCAGGAAUCUUCAGAGUGCCAAAAAAGCUUGUGCUACAGGAAGGGAGCAUCAGAAGGGGCCCCUUCUGUAGGGGACUUAGGCUUGGAGACCAGCCUAACCCAAAAUAGUCCAACCCGAGUCUGGCCAGAAUUUUAUAGUUCUGAGUCAUUCCAGAGACAGCCUAGAAGGCUUAAAUAUACCAUAAUGGCUUCUGAAUCCCUCUGGGAAGUCUGGAUCAUGUUUCUCAAUUGUGGUUAAAGACCUCCCAGACAUAUUCUAGACCUCUAAAACCUGGUCCCCAAAUCAUCUCAAAAUACCUGAAGCCAGAUCAUCUCUUCAAACCACUCAAAGUAGGUGAUGUUAAGAGGUCUGAUAGGUGAUCCAGAAUCAAGUUGUGUUGUACAUUUUGGAACUUCAUAGCCGUGAAUACCUUGGCACCAGCAUCUAUUCUAAAUCACUGGCUGUGUUGUCUCUGCAUUCCCAUGAGAUGACUGUCCCUAGAGGAAUGCAGCAAAGAUCUUGGGAGUAGGAAGUAUGGACCGGAGCCUGCAGAAUAACUUGCUUAGGGCAUUCUCUGCCUUUCUACUUUUGUGCUUUUGACCCUUUGCUACAAAUGUGGUCUGUUAUAAAAUGGCUGUGUCUAGACAGAUACUGGUAUUGUUUGGGGGGGGGGGGAAAUGAUACAGGAACUCCAAUUUAAAUGAGCCUUAUCUUUAUAAGAAACUGCCAAACUGCUUCUCCCAGUGGCUGUAUCGUUUUAUAUUCUCCAAAGCACUGUAGGAAGUGCCAAGCCCCUCCACAUCUUCACCAGCAUUUGAUGGCGCCACUGUGUUUCCUUUGAGCCAUUCUGACCGUGAUAUCUCAUGGUGGUUCUAAUUGCAUUUCUAUAAUUAAUAAUGAUACUGAACAUAUUCUUGUGUCCAUUUUGCCAUUUAUGUAUCCUCUCCAGAGAAAUGUUUGUUUAUAUCUUUUGUCUGUUUGCCAAUUAGAUUGUUUGCCAAAUGAGCCAUAUCUUAAAAUAUUCUUUUUAAAAUGUUUUAUAUCAGUCCAGUGACUUAAAGCAUUCAGGGGGAUUUUUGAAAUCCUUCUAGGAAAAAUAUAUAUGGAAUUUGAACAUGAUUUUAUAGUCUGAACAGAAGAAUUCUGAUAUACCUUGUGUUUGGCUAAUACCGGGUAAUUAAAAUUUUUUCAGUUAUCUUUGCUUGGAAUAUUAGCUAGAGUGUCCAGAUUUGUAUUUUGUACAUAGCUAUCAUAAUGUUUCUAAACUUUUAAAAUUUAAAAUAUUUGACUUUAGGGUUUAAGGAUGACUGUAAAAAUUAAUUAGAAUUUUUCCUAUUUGUACAAAAUGGGUAAAGAUAGAACCUGAUUUCUAUACACUGAUAUAUUCUUAUUUCUCUGAUCUUUAAUGUCAUGAUUUUAUUAAAUAGUGAUUGAGACCCUCAUAAAUUACGAUUGUUAAGAUCUAUAGGUAAAAUCAAGGAAACAUAACAAUUGAAAUAUUUUUCUUAUGUAUGUAAAUUUUUCCCUUAGCUUUUUGUACACUUUUACUUUUAGAUUUUUUUUUUUAAUCUGGACAUUCUUAUUACCAUUUUCUGUUUGAGUUUCUGCACAUUAAGAAAGUCACAGAGAAAUAAGUAUAUGUUAACUAAAUUAAAAGCUGAGGUGAAUUUAGGCUUAGUGUAAUUAGAGAAGAAGUUUAUGAACAUUUCCUCUUAAGGUUUAUAAUAUAUAUUGAUAUACACACAUAUGUGUGUGUGUGCGUCUAACAUUCUUACACUAAGGACAUUACAUAAGAAGAGGGUUAAUUCUUUAUAAUGAAGAAGGUAUCAUCUAUUAUGUAUUUUUAAAUACUUAGGAAGAUAGUAAAGAACUAGAGGAAAGACAAUUUCAUACACUAAUAUGAAAUUAGUGUAGUAGCUGUUCAAAAUACCAUUUCUAAAUAUUGUAAUAGAAAAGUACUGGGGAAACAACAAUGGCAUGGUGAACGACUGAGCCGUACAUGUGGGUAUAAUAAAGGUGGUGUUAUUUAUGCUUUUCCGAUCGUUGCUGCACGGUCACGCACUUACACAGCCAUCUCCACGUGCUGGAAGAUGCAGCAGGUAACCUGGACUUCUUCACCUGGCUGCACUGCAGGUUCCAAUGAUUGCUAAGCUGAUGGGGUCAUUUGGUAGCAGGAAAUUUGAAAUGUCAUAAACUAAAUGAUUGGAAGAAAGGAUUGGAUUUUUUUAAAAAGACUCAUUUGAAAGAGUGACAGAGGGAGACAAAGCAU